GCGGCUUGGAACAAAAGGAGUUGACGUAUUUCCUGCGCGCCGCCGGAAGCGCUGGUGCCAGUACUAGUAGGAGUAUAAGGCCUGUCUGUGGCAGCGAAAUGGCAAAGACGGUGGCUUAUUUUUACGACCCUGACGUGGGAAACUUCCACUAUGGUACCGGUCAUCCUAUGAAACCUCACCGGCUGUCCCUCACACACAGUCUUGUUCUACAUUAUGGACUUUAUAAGAAGAUGAUUGUCUUCAAACCUUACCAGGCUUCGCAGCAUGACAUGUGUCGUUUUCACUCUGAAGACUACAUUGACUUCCUUCAGAGAGUGAGCCCCAAUAACAUGCAAGGAUUCACUAAAAGCCUAAAUGCCUUUAAUGUUGGGGAUGAUUGCCCAGUUUUCCCUGGUCUCUUUGAAUUUUGCUCUCGCUACACUGGAGCUUCUUUGCAGGGGGCAACACUGCUAAAUAACAAGAACUGUGACAUUGCAAUUAACUGGGCCGGUGGACUGCACCAUGCUAAAAAAUUUGAGGCGUCUGGGUUCUGUUACGUGAAUGACAUUGUCAUUGGCAUACUUGAGCUUCUUAAGUAUCAUCCUCGUGUUCUUUACAUAGAUAUUGAUAUUCAUCAUGGAGAUGGGGUACAGGAAGCUUUUUACCUCACUGACCGAGUUAUGACGGUUUCCUUUCACAAGUAUGGGAAUUAUUUUUUCCCUGGUACAGGGGAUAUGUAUGAAGUGGGAGCAGAAAGUGGAAGAUACUACUGCUUGAAUGUUCCCUUGAGAGAUGGCAUAGAUGAUCAAAGUUAUAGACACCUAUUCCAGCCUGUCAUCAAACAGGUGAUAGAUUUCUAUCAGCCCACCUGUAUUGUUUUGCAGUGUGGAGCGGACUCCCUGGGGUGUGACCGACUUGGGUGUUUUAACCUGAGCAUCAGGGGCCAUGGUGAAUGUGUUCAGUAUGUAAAAAGCUUCAAUAUUCCUUUGCUUGUUCUUGGUGGAGGAGGUUACACUGUGCGUAAUGUUGCACGCUGCUGGACUUAUGAGACCUCGCUGCUUGUUGAUGAGACAAUUAGUGAAGAGCUCCCUUAUAGUGAAUACUUUGAGUACUUUGCACCAGAUUUUACACUUCAUCCGGAUGUUAGUACCAGAAUUGAGAACCAAAACUCUCGGCAGUAUCUGGAUCAAAUUAGACAAACCGUUUUUGAGAGCCUAAAGAUGUUAAAUCAUGCACCCAGUGUUCAGAUCCAUGAUGUGCCGUCGGACAUUCUGAACUAUGAGCGCACAGAUGAGCCAGACCCAGAAGAAAGAGGUGGAGAGGACAAUUACAGCAGGCCCGAAGCUUCAAAUGAAUUCUAUGAUGGGGACCAUGAUAACGACAAGGAAAGUGAUGUUGAGAUUUGAAGCGAUGCUGAAAUGGCAUUUUUCUAACUGUACUCACGGCAGGCUGUGAGCCUAUAUGUGACCCUUUUAUUCUCCUUUAAAUAUGUCCUGACCAGGAUCCGCUGACACUUUGCUAAAACUGCCAGGUUAUUUCAGGACAGGAUUGCCUGCUUUAUUGGGAAACGAUUCGAACAUUAUACUCGUUGCAGGAGUUUUUCCCAAAACCUUUUCAGUAAACUGUGCAGAAAUGA